CAGCUGCCUUCCUAGCUAAUUAAACUAGCUAUCUAUCUGGGAUUAUCAUUGAUCAUCUCGCAUAUUAUAUAUAACUAUUGAUAUAAACCAGCACCAGCAGCAGCAUGGUGAAGUUCUCGAAGCAGUUUGAAGGGCAGCUUGUCCCUGAGUGGAAGCAUGCCUUUGUGGACUAUAGCUUGCUCAAGAAAGACCUUAAGAGGAUGCAGAAUGAUCAGUUCCAAGGGACCCUAAUUACUACACUGCAAACAACUCGCCAUGAUCAGCACCAAUCAAUUGCGCCGUCAAGCUACGUGUCCCGCUGCAGGCUCAUGUUGCUCAAGCUCUCCUUCUUCGGCUCUGCAAAGGAUCAUGCUGGACUCAUACAAGUGCACCGGCGGCUGAGCAGAGGGGAGGUGUACGAGACGGACGUGACGGAGCUGGAGACGACGGCGGCGAGGGAGUUCUUCGCGAGGCUGGAUGAGCAGCUGAACAAGGUGAACCAGUUCUACAAGGCCAAGGAGGAGGAGUUCCUCCACAGAGGCGACUCCCUCCGGAAGCAGAUGCACAUACUCCUCGACCUCAAGGCCCGGGCCUCCUCGCCGUCGUCCCUCUCCGGCCACCACCGCGCCGGCGACGACCCCUCCAUAUCUUCCUCCUCCGCCGUCGAGGACGAGUCCACAAGGUACGUGACGUCAGCAACCGACAGUGAGGAGAACGAAUCCGUGUCGAUCAGAGACACCACCGACGAGCAGCCGCCACCACCCCCUCCUGCGAUCUCACGGGCUCUAGAAGGUUCUGGAAGCUUCUGGAGGCAGUGCCCGGAGACGAAGAGCUUAGGGAGGUCAGUGAGCAGCAGCUGCCAAAGGAAGAAGAGCCUGAAGAUCAGCAUCCCCCUGACGACGCCAUGCAGGACCAUCGACCUCCUCUGGGACGACCUCGUCGCCGGCCAUCAGCACUCCAAGAACAAAUGCGACUCCGGUAGCCUGAGCAUCAACAAGACGAAGCUGCGCCACGCCGAGAAGAUGAUCAAGGGCGCCCUCGUCGAGCUCUACAAAGGACUCGGAUACCUCACAACCUACCGGAACCUGAACAUGAUGGCUUUCGUGAAGAUCUUGAAGAAGUUUGAGAAGGUCAGCGGGAAGCAGGUGCUGUCCAUAUACCUCAGGGCGGUGGAGAGCUCCUACUUCAACAGCUCCGACGAGGCUCUGAAGCUCAUGGACGAGGUCGAGGACAUGUUCGUCCGGCACUUCGCCGGCGACAACAGGCGCAAGGCCAUGAAGUACCUCAAGCCCACGCAGCGGAAGGAGUCGCACACCGUCACCUUCUUCAUCGGGCUCCUGACGGGAUGCUUCGUGGCACUGUUCAUGGGCUACUGCAUCAUGGCGCACAUCGCCGGAAUGUACACGCAGCGGCGCGACUCCAUCUACAUGGAGACCGUCUACCCUGUCUUCAGCAUGUUCAGCCUGAUGUUCCUGCACCUGUUCCUGUACGGGUGCAACAUGGUGGCGUGGAGGAAGACCCGGAUAAACUACAGCUUCAUCUUCGAGUUCGCGCCCAGAAGGGAGCUCAAGUACCGGGACGUCUUCCUCGUCUGCACUGCCUCCAUGGCCGUCAUCGUCGGCGUCAUGUUCGCUCACCUCUCCCUCGCCGUCAGGGGGUACCACGCCGCCCAGGCCAUCCCCGGAUUCUUGCUCAUGGGGUUCCUGCUAGUGCUGUUCUGCCCGUUCAACAUCGUGUAUCGGUCAAGCAGGUUUCAGUUCCUGAGAAUUCUGAGGAACAUCGUUUUGUCACCACUCUACAAGGUUGUCAUGAUAGACUUCUUCAUGGCAGAUCAGCUCUGCAGCCAGGUGCCAAUGCUAAGAAGCCUAGAGUACGUGGCUUGCUACUACAUCAGUGGAAGCUACAAGACACAGGAGUACGGAUACUGCAUCAACACAAAGCAUAUCAGAGAUUUGGCCUAUGCAGUUUCCUUCCUGCCCUACUACUGGAGAGCCAUGCAGUGUGCAAGACGGUGGUUUGAUGAGGGCGACACGGGGCACCUGGUGAACCUUGGGAAGUACGUGUCCGCCAUGCUCGCCGCCGGCGCCAAAGUGGCGUACGAGAAGGACAAGAGCCUGGGAUCACUCUCGAUCCUCGUCAUCGUGUCGAGCUCUGCAACGCUGUACCAGCUCUACUGGGACUUUGUCAAGGACUGGGGCUUGCUCCAGCCCAACUCCAAGAACCCAUGGCUCAGGAAUGAGCUCAUCCUUAAGAACAAGUCCACAUACUACUUGUCAAUGGGUCUGAACCUAGUGCUAAGGCUUGCAUGGCUGCAGACCGUGAUCCAUCCAAGUUUUGGGAGUUUGGACUAUAGGGUCACUUCAUUCUUUCUAGCUGCUCUCGAGGUGAUCCGCAGGGGGCACUGGAAUUUCUAUAGGCUGGAGAAUGAACAUCUGAACAAUGCAGGGAAAUAUAGGGCGGUAAAAACAGUCCCACUGCCUUUUCACGAAGCUGACGAUGAGGACUGAUGAGCUACUGAAUGAUAACCUGACCAUGACUAGAUCUAAUACUUGUUUCUUCACCACUCUAAUUAUUUUUUACCCGAAGAGAAAGUCUCGAGAAAGGUGGAGAGUUCAGUUCAGUGACUGAAAUACUUUCACUCUAGUUAAGCUUUAGGUAUAGCUGCUUAUGCAAGCUGUUCCUUUAGGGUUCAGGCUUCAGGGAAUGGCAUCUGUAUGCAACUGAAGAUAGUGAUCCGUUCCUUGAUGCAUUAA